AUGCGUUCCUGCCUGCUAGCCAGUGUCCCUGACAGCCAGCCAGCCAGCCAGCCAGUGUUCCUGCCAGCCAGCCAGUGUACCUGCCAGCCAGGAUGUUUUCCUACCAGGCAGCCUGCGUUCCUGAAAGCCAGCGUUCCUCUAGCCUGCGUACCUGCCAGCCAGGCUGCAUUCCUGCCAGCCAGCCUGUGUUCCUACCAGCCAGCCUGUGUUCCUACCAACCAUCUUGUGGUCCUGUCAGCCAGCCAGCCAGACAGACAGACAGCCAGUGUACCUGCUAGCCAGUCUGUGUUCCUGCCAGCCAGGUUUCUAUUCCUGCGCUCCAGACUGCGUUUCUGCCAGCCAGCCUGUGUACCUGCCAGCCAGACAGCAUUCCUGCCAACCAGAGCUCCUACCAGCCUGCCAGCCAGCCAGCCAGUGUUCCACCCAGCCAGCCUCUGUUCCUGGCAGCCAGCCUUCGUUCCUGCUAGCCAGCCUGCAUUCCUGUUAUCCAGCCUGUGUUCCAGACAGACAGCCUGCGUUCCUACCAGCCAGCCUGCGUUCCUUCAAGCCAGCCUGUGUUCCUGCCAGCCGGCCAGGGUUCCUGCCAGGCAGCGUUCCUAUCAGCCAGCCAGCCAGCCAGCCAGCCAGCCGGUGUUCCUGCCAGACAGCCUGUGUUCCUGGCAGCCAGCCUGCGUUCUUACCAUCCAGCCUGUGUUCCUGCCAGCCAACCAGCGCUCCUACCAACAAAUCAGCGUUCCUGCCAGCCAGCGUUCAUGCCAGCCAGCUCCUGCCAGCCAGCGUUCCUGCCAGCCAGCCAGCCAGCAAGCCAGUGUUCCUGCCAGCCAGCCAGCGUUCCAGCCUGCCAGCCUGCGUUCCUACCAGUCAGCCUGCGUUCCUGCCAGCCAGCCUGCGUUCCUGCCAGCCAGCCUAUGUUCCUCCCAGCCAAACUACGUUCCUGCCAGCCAGCCUGCUUUCCUGCCAGCUACAUUCCUGCCAGCCAACCAGUCAGCCACCCAGUGGUCCUGCCAGCCAGCCAGCAUUCCUGAAGGCCAGCCGGCACUCCUGCCAGCCAGCCUAGGUUCCUACCAGCCAGCAUGCGUUCCAGCCAGCCAGCAUGCGUUCCUGCCUGCCAGCCAGUGUCCCUGCCAGCCAGCCAGCCAGCCAGCCAGUGUUCCUGCCAGCCAUCCUGUGUUCCUGGCAGCAAGCCUGCGUUCUUACCAGCCAGCCUGUGUUCCUGCCAGCCAGCCAGCGCUCCUGAAAACCAGUCAGCAUUCCUGCCAGCUAGCGUUCAUGCCAGCCAGCCAGCCAGCAAGCCAGUGUUACGACCAGACAGCCUGCAUUCCUGCCAGCCAGCCUGUGUUGCUACCAGCCAGACAGCGUUUCUGCCAGUUAGCGAUCCUGCCAGCCAGCCAGCCAGCCAACCAGUGUUCCUGCAAGCCAGCCUGUUUUCGAGACAGCCAGCCGGCGUUCUCACCAACCAGCCUGCGUUCCUGCCAGCCAAUCUGUUUUCCUGUCAGCCAGCCACUGUUCCGGGCAGCCAGCGUUCCUGCCAGCCUUCCAUCCAGCCAGCCAGAAUUCCUGUCAUCUAGCCUGUGUUCCUGCCAGCUAGCCAGCGCUCCUGCCAACCAGCCAGCGUUCCUGCCAGCCAGCGUUCCUGCCAGCCAGCCAGCCAGCAAGCCAGUGUUCCUGCCAGCCAGCCUGCGUUCCUACCAGCCAGCCUGCGUUCCUGCCAGCCAGCCUGUGUUCCUACCAGCCAGCCAGCGUUCCUGCCAGCCAGCGUUCCUGCCGAGCACCCAGCCAGCCAGACGAUGUUCCUGCAAGCCAGCCUGCGUUCCUGCCAGCCAGCCUAUGUUCCUGCCAGCCAGCCACCGUUCAUGCCAGCCAGCGUUCCUGCAAGCGAGGCAGCCAGCCAGCCAGAGUUCCUGCCAGCCAGCCUACAUUCUUGCCAGCCAGCCUGCGUUCCUGUCAGCCAGCGAUCCUGCCAGCCAGCCAGCCAGCCAGCCAGUAUUCCUGCCAGCCAGCCUGUGUUCCUACCAGCAAGCCUGCUUUCCUGCCAGCCAGCCUGUUUUCCUACCAGCCAGCGAGUGUUCCUGCCAGCCAGCCUGUGUUCCUACCAGCCAGCCAGCGUUCCUGCCAGCCAGCGUUCCUGCCGAGCACCCAGCCAGCCAGACGAUGUUCCUGCCAGCCAGCCAGCGCUCCUGCCCGCCAGCUAGCGUUCCUGCCAGCCAUCGUUCCAGCCAGCCAGCCUGUGUUCCUGCCAGCGAGCAUUCGUGCCAGCAUUCCUGCCAGCUAUUGCCUCCCGACAAGAUAAACACGCUGCGGACAAUGGAGGCGGCCGGCCCGGCCAUUGUGCAGAGGCGGCCUAAUCCCGCGUCGUAUCAGCGGCGGUCAGCUAAGAGCGGGCGUCCAUUGUGGCCGCUAAUCAUCCAUCACCGACGGCGCCGCCGCGGGCAGACAGCGGAGGUGUCGCGGCCCGCCGGCCGGGGCAGCGCGCCGGCGAACGCGGCGGGCUUAGCAGCGCGGCUCAGCCCAGCGGCAGAGGCAGCGGCAGCGCCAGAAGGUGAUUGA